UCUCCUGAGACUCGGCAUACACAGAAUACUCUGUUUUGACUAUUUAAUCCUCUCUUUCUCACAAUUUUUAUUUCCAUUUUUUUAUCCUUUCACACACCAAAAAAAAUUGACCAACGACCACAAGUUUAAUCUUUUUCCCACUUUCAUUUUAUUCUCUCUAACCACAAGUCUCUGUUUUUGUCUCUCUGUCUUUUUUUUUCGGGUUUUACUCUGUUUUUGUGUUAUCUUGAUUGGUGUUAAGUUGAAGAGAAAGAUGGGUUUUUCGAAGAAGUCUCAAUUCGACGGAGGUUCAGAAUCCGACGGGAAGAAAUGGGUUAUCGCCGGAAUUUCGAUUCGGGCGACGUUGAAACCGGUGAAGACGAAACAAAUCAGAGUGCCGCCGGAGAUAGAAGUCGAAGUUGAAGAAGAUUGUUACAAGGAAGAAGAGGAAGAAUGUUCGACGACGCCGACGGCUAAAGAAGCGAAGAUACCGGAGAUACUUAAAUGUCCACCGGCGCCGAGGAAACGUCGGCCGGUGUCAAAAUGUCGGAGUAACGCAGUUAGAGAGUUCUUUACGCCUCCUUCUGAUUUAGAGGCUGUGUUCAUACGCCGCCGUUAGUGAACCUUUUUUUAAAUAAAUAUAGUUUUUCUAAUCAUAUAUAUUUUAAAUAUAGUUUUUAUUAAUUAAGACUUAAGAGUUAGAUUUUUUGUAUUUUUUUUUCUUGUUAUAAAAGAAUGUUUGUUGUACAAAGAUUCUGAAACUACUGAUGAUUAUGCGUAGCUUUUAAAUUCGCCUUAUUCCAUUA